CUCCGGAGGUUCCAUUACCCAAAAGUCCUCACCCCCAUUCUGAGGCUGCCGAGUCCCUGCAGUGUUUGGCGAUGCCUGGCCCUGGCAGGCCACGUCUCCUCUGGCUCCUGGCUCUCUGGCUGGCUGGCGUGAGCCAGGGGAAGGGAGAAAAGGUCCAAUCCAAACGCUGUAAUGUGAAGACAAAGUUCCUCACAAAUUCUCCAUGUACCUCAUGUGCGGCUUUUAAGAAUCAGGGCUGCCCAGCAGGUUGGAUCAAGAACUGGGCAAAAGGCCCUGAAGACUGCAGUUACACUGUGACUCUGGGAGAGAACAACAUCUUGAUGUCUGGAUGCAGCCAGAGCUGUUGGAAAGAGGUGGAAGAGAAGGCCUGCUGUCCUGGGUACUGGGGCUCUGAGUGCUAUGAGUGUCCUGGGGGAGCCAGUAAACCCUGUAAUGGUCAUGGAACCUGCUUGGAUGGGAUUGGUCAAAAUGGCACCUGUGUGUGUGAGGAAGGAUAUGGAGGCUUUGCUUGCCAGGAGUGCAAAGAUGGGAGCUCAUUUGGUCCUGACUGCAAGUCAGCAUGUGCCUGUGUCCACGGGGUGUGCAAGAGUGGGCCUGGUGGCGAUGGGAGCUGUCUCUGCUUUGCUGGCUACACUGGCCCUCUGUGUGACCAGGAAGUGCCAGCCUGCAAGGACUUGGCCUGUCCAAAGAACUCCCAGUGUGUGGGCACAGACACUGGGGUGCCCAGCUGCAAGUGCCUACCAGGCUACGUGCUCCAGGGCAGCAGAUGCCAAGUCCUGGAGGAUGGAGACUUUAGAUGCCAGUGCAAGGCCGGUUACCAUGGUGAUGGGAAGUUCUGUCAGCCCCUGGACCCCUGCACUUCCAACUAUGGUGGCUGCCCCAGCGCUACCACCCGAUGCCUAUACCAGGGGCCAGGCAAGUCCAUCUGCACCUGUAAGCCAGGCCUACUCAGCAUUAGCAGCAACAUCUCAGAAGGUUGCAGGCCUGCCACCACCUCCUGCCAGCAUUUCUUCUGUGAUAGUUCAGCCACUUGCCAGAUGGAUGAGCAGGGGAAGCCCAGGUGUGUCUGCAAAGAAGGGGAGAUUGGAGAUGGACGCUCCUGUUAUGGACAUUUUAUCAGGGAACUGGAGAGAAUGAAUAGCCAGCGACGGUCGAUGUGGAAGUUAGCUACAGCCCUCGACAUGCUGGAUAAAGGCUGUGGGGAGAUCCUGUCCAAGGCUGGACCUUUCACGGUGUUGGUGCCAUCCUUGUACUCAUCUUGGAGUUUGAAUGAAACAUUAUCAAGAUCGAUAUGCAAACUACACAUCAUUCCUGGAAUACACAUGUUGGAAGAACGCUUCAUGUCCUCCCAGACAUGGUGGACACUGGCUGGAGAGUCACUGACCUUUACUAACAGCAAGUAUAUAAGCUCUGGGAAAACGUACAAAUACAAGGACCAACCAGGUUCCACCUAUAGCAUCCUUCAGUCCAACUUGCCUGCUUCCAAUGGUGUCUUCCAUCUUGUCAACAACAUCCGCAAGCAGCCCUCUUCAACCUUCAUCCAAGUAGACCCAGAGCAAUCCAUCGGGAAGAUCCUGGCUUCCAUGGAUGUCUUCAGUCGGUUUGAAACCAUCCUGGAGAACUGUGGCCUCCCUUCCAUCCUCGAAGGCCCAGGGCCCUUCACUGUAUUUGUACCUAGCAACUCUGGGGUGGACAGCUUGAGAGAUGGGCGCCUCAUUUACUUAUUCACUGAGGGCAUCUCUAAACUUCAGGAACUGGUGAAGUAUCACAUUUACAGUAAUGCAGGGCUGACUGUGGAGAAGCUCAUCUCCCUGAGGCAAAUUCAGACUAUGGCCAACCAGGUCCUGUUGACGAACAUCACGGAGGGGGGCCGUAUCCUCUUGGGGUCUCCUGGCAUCCCCUUGAAGAGUGUGGAUAUUGUGGCAUCCAAUGGCAUCAUCCACCUGCUGGAUGGCAUUUUGCUGCCCCCAUCCAUCCUGCCCAUCCUGCCCCAUCGAUGCAAUGAGCAGCAGUACAAGAUUGUGAUGGGCACUUGUGGAGAUUGCCAGGCCCAGAAUGCCAGUGUAUGUCCCCCCAAUAGCCAAGAGCUGAAUAUUUUCCCCAAGGAGUGUUUUUACAUCCAUGACCCAGAUGGCCUGAAUGUGAUGAAGAAGGGCUGUGCUCGCUACUGUAACCAGACUGUCUUGAAACUUGGCUGUUGUAAAGGCUUCUUUGGUCCCUACUGUUCCCAGUGUCCUGGGGGGUUCUCAAAUCCCUGCUAUGGCAAAGGCAACUGCAGUGAUGGUAUCCAAGGCAAUGGGGAGUGUAUGUGUCAAAAAGCCUUCAAGGGUGUCGCCUGCCACAUCUGUGCAGAUCUCAACCGGCAUGGAGAGCAAUGUGAGGAAGAGUGUGGAUGCGUCCAUGGUAUCUGUGACAACCGGCCUGGCAGUGGGGGAAUAUGUCAAAGGGACACGUGCACCAAGGGCUUCACUGGUCCUUUCUGCAACGAGUCCUCAGCUGAUUGUGGUCCCACUGGCCUGGCUCAGCAUUGCCACCCCCGUGCCCGCUGUGUCACCCAGCAAGGCCGUUCCAUGUGUGUCUGUCCCCCUGGCUUUGAGGGCGAUGGCUUCUCCUGUUCGGUCAGGCAUCCCUGUGACCAACCAGAUCGAGGCGGUUGCUCUGAGAAUGCCCAGUGUAUCAGGGGAGUCCCCGAGUCCCAGCAAUGCAUAUGCAACAAGGGCUGGACAGGAGACGGCAAAGUCUGUGUCACCAUUAACCAAUGUGAGCUGGAGACCCGGGGCGGCUGCCACGCAGAGGCCUACUGCAACUAUAUCGGACCGGGACAGAGUUCCUGCACCUGCAAAUCAGGCUUCGCAGGGGAUGGUUACCAAUGUAGUCUCAUCAACCCGUGUCUGGUGGCCAAUGGCGGGUGCCACGUGCUGGCCACGUGCCGUCCCCAGGGGGAUGGAGGGCGGCCCGUCUGCUUGUGUCCAGAUGGUUAUGGUGGAGAUGGUUUCACCUGCUAUGGGACCGUCUUGGAGGAGCUAAAGAGGAAUGACCACUUUGCUGAAUUCUAUCAAUGGAUUAAGAGAGCUGGCUUCGCCCUCCCUGCGAGGGGCAACUUCACAGCCCUGGUGCCAUCGGAAUCUGCUAUCCAGAGCCUGAGCCCUGAAGACAAGGCCUUUUGGCUGCAGCAACAACAGUUGCUUCACCUGCUCAGGGCCCACUUCCUCCCAGGUGCUCUUACCACCAGGCAGCUGUCUGGCCUCUCUGGACAGGAGGUGAUCACCUUGAAUCCACCCACACGUUGGGAGAUCAGCAACAGCAGUGGGAAAAUCACUAUUCGGAAUGUGAGUGUGGCAGUAGCUGACAUCCUUGCCACCAACGGGGUCCUGCACAUUCUCAAUAAGGUACUGCUGCCACCUCGGGCGGAUGCUCCCCCUCUCAGGCUGAGCCUGAGACAGCAGCUGGAUGCCAUCCCCUCCUUCAGUGUGUUUAAGGAGUUGUUACUGCGUUAUCAGCUACUGUCUCAGAUCGAUUCUGGUGUUGCUCCCUAUACCCUCUUCGUGCCCACAAAUGACUCAGUGGAGAAUUACUACCUGAAAACCAAUCUGAGUACCCUGGACCUAGAAACAGUGAAGCGCCACGUGCUCUUUGGCGAGGCUCUCAACCCGAAUGACAUGCGGACUGGGAUGCACCGAGAGUCCCUCCUGGGCUCCUCCUACGAGCUAAUCUUUUACGUCAAGCCGGGGGACCAGCCCAUGGUGAACCGGGUCCCCGUGGUGGGUCCCACGCUGAAGCUCCAACGGGGAAUCGUGCUCGGUUUGGGCGGGGUCCUGGCUGAGAGGUCGAACAUUUGUCCUCGCUCGCAUGAGUCGGCGAACAGGAAGAAGUGUAGCAGCUGUGAGCGGAGAAACCGCUGUCCUUCCGGCUAUAAGAUUAAGGAAGGCCCUCAAGAGCGCUGUAUCUACUUGUCUAAUGAAAUUCGGGUCCAAGGCUGCUACUACACAUGUGUCAAGAAAAUAGAGAUCCCCGACUGCUGCCCUGGCUACUUUGGAACCCUUUGUGAGGCCUGCCCUGGGGGUCCAGGUGGUAACUGCUCAGGCCAUGGGCAGUGCCAGGACGGUCUCCUAGGGAGUGGAGAGUGUCGCUGCCAUGAAGGCUUCCACGGCACUGCCUGUGAAGGAUGUGAGCUGGGGCGCUAUGGGCCUGACUGUGCUGGAGUCUGUAACUGUGCCCAUGGAAUAUGCCAGGAUGGUCUGCAUGGCAAUGGGAGCUGCAGCUGCAAUGUGGGCUGGAAAGGCCCCCGUUGUGACCAAGAGAUCACUACUUCAUCGUGUCUGGAAAAAUGUGACCCCUUUGCCAAUUGCAUCAACGCCUCCUGCAUCUGCUCUGCUGGAUACUCUGGCAAUGGCACCAGCUGCUCAGAAGUGGACCCUUGCGCUCAGGAUCAUGGCGGCUGUUCCCCCUAUGCUAACUGCACCAAGGUGGCCCCUGGACAGAGGACAUGCACCUGCAAGCAGGCCUAUGCUGGGGACGGGGAGCUGUGUCUGGAAAUCAAUAGGUGCCUGAAUAAGAAUGGUGGCUGCCAUGCUAAGGCUGAGUGUGUCCCGACAGGGCCCAGCCAGGUGGCCUGUAACUGUGGACCUGGUUACACUGGGGAUGGAAUCCAGAGCUGUGUCCCCAUCAACCCCUGCACAGAGGACAAUGGAGGCUGCAGCCCCUAUGCUUCAUGUAACAACACAGGGCCUGGACAGAGGACCUGCAUUUGUGGCGUCACUACUGUUGGUGAUGGCUUUACCUGCCGGACCAGGAUAAGCCUGGAGCUACUCCGGGACAAGGAUGCGGCCUUUUUCAGCCACUACUUUAUGGAAUAUCAGGAAUUGAAGGGAGAUGGGCCCUUCACAAUCUUUGUCCCUAAAGAAGACUGGAUGAAGAACUUUACCCGGAGAGAGCUUGCCACAUUCAGCAUCCAUCGGCAGCUUCUGUUCCGAUACCACACGGUGGGGUGUAGGCGCUUGCUGACCCAGGACCUGCUGGAUGCAGGAUAUGUGACCACCCUGUCUGGCUACAAGCUCCACUUCAGCCAACGUGAGGGAAGCAUCUAUAUCAAUGAGUAUGCCCGAGUGGUGACCGAAGACCAGAUUGGGGUGAACGGGGUCCUCCAUUUCAUUGACAAACUGCUGCUGCCCCCAGAGGUUGUACACUGGACCAACACCUCAUCACUGCCACCCAAGCAAAACAUCACAGAAGCAGCUGAGAGCUGGGGCUACACGAUCUUCAGCAAACUUCUGACGACAGCCAGGGUGCUUCCAAUGUUCUAUGAUAAGACCCACCAGCCCUUCACUGUUCUCUGGCCCACGGAUGAAGCCUUAAGAGCCCUCUCCCCUGAACGUCAGGCCUGGCUUUACCAUGAGGAUCAUCGGGGGAAGUUGGCCGCCAUCUUGAGGGGCCACGUCAUCCGCAAUGUCAAGGCUCUGGCCUCUGACAUACCCAGCCUGGGUGAGCUCCGAACGAUGCAUGGCUCCCCCAUCUCCUUCUCCUGUAGCAAGACCCUGCCGGGUGACCUCUUGGUUGGUGAGGGCGAGGCUCGCAUUGUGCAGCGACACAUGGAGUUCGUGGGGGGCAUCGCCUACGGCAUCGACCAGCUCCUGGAGCCGCCGGGGCUGGGUUCCCGCUGUGACCGAUAUGUCAAGGAGCAGUUGUCGAUAUUCAGACAGUACUGUGGCUUAUGCGCCAUGCCGCCCCCUUGUCCCAAAGGAUACAAGGAUGAGGGUGAAGUCGAGUACUGCAUGAGGUCCAGCCCUUUCAGGAGACCUUUCCUUCGAUCCUACUACAACUCAUUUUUGUUCUCCCGAAAGUCUUUGAAAACUGGCUGCCGCCGCCGCUGCUUUACAGGCACCUGGAAACCAGAUUGUUGCAAGGGACAUUAUGGUCCCGACUGCCAAGUGUGCCCAGGAGGGCCAGAAAACCCAUGUAAUGACAAUGGAAUGUGCAGUGAUGGAAUAACAGGGACAGGGGCCUGUAUGUGCCGCAAGGGCUUUAAUGGGACGACCUGUGAGCUCUGUGCUGCAAGGACAUUUGGCCCUCACUGUAAAGCUUGUCAGUGCACAGACCAUGGUCAGUGUGAUGAUGGCCCCUCAGGCUCUGGCUUCUGCUUCUGCAAUGAGGGUUGGACUGGACAGUACUGUGAGGUAAAGCUGGAUGUGCAACCUGUGUGCUCUCCACCCUGCCAUCUCCACGCUGUAUGCCGAAAAGACAACAUCUGCGAAUGCAACCUGGACUACGAGGGGGAUGGCUACCAAUGCACAGUGAUUGACCAUUGCCAGAAUGGACACGGAGGCUGCAGCCAGCAUGCCAACUGCAGCCAGCAAGGUGUCCUUGUGACCUGUACUUGCCAUCCUGACUAUGAAGGUGAUGGAGUGUUCUGUAGGGCCCGGGACCGCUGUGCAGAUGGCCAGAAUGGAGGCUGUAGUGAGCAUGCGGAAUGCAUUAGCACCGGCCCGAACACACGCCGAUGUGAGUGCCGAGCUGGCUACGUGGGGAAUGGACUGCAGUGCCUGGUGGAGGCUGUGCCCCCUGAGGACCGAUGCCUGGAGACUCCUGGGCCCUGCCACCCAGAGGCCAUCUGCACUGACCUCCACUUCCAAGAGAAGCGAGCUGGAGUGUUUCACCUGCAGUCCCAGAAGGGCAAGUACAAGCUGACCUUCAGGGAGGCAGAGGAGCAGUGCAUGGCCCAAGGUGCUGUCUUAGCUUCCUUGGACCAGCUCUCAGCAGCUCAGCAGCUCGGUUUCCACCUGUGCUUGAUGGGCUGGCUAUCAAACGGCACGGCUGCCUACCCCAGUGUCUACCCUAGCCCCAGCUGUGACAGCAAUCACGUGGGCAUCGUCAUCCAUGGAGCCCAGGGCAACCUCACUGAGCGCUGGGAUGCCUACUGCUACCGUGUCCAUGAUGUGAUGUGCCAAUGCCGGGAUGGCUUUGUGGGUGAUGGAGACACAGUCUGUAAUGGAAAGCUGCUGGACGUGUUGGCUGCCAAUGCCAACUUCUCCACCUUCUAUGGGUUGCUGCUAGAUUAUGCCAACACCACGCAGCACGGUCUAGAGUUCCUUGGCUUCCUAUCUGAUGAGCUGACCUUCAAGACGCUCUUCGUCCCCAUCAACUCUGGGUUUGGGGACAAUGUAACUCUGAGCUGGAAGGACUUGGAGUUGCAUGCUUCUAAUGUCACCUUCCUAAGCUUGAACCUCAGCCAGAGCAUCAUCCUUCCUGCCCACUCAGGCCAUUGGCUUUUCAUCAGCAACUCCUCUGCUGGGAACAGUACCGUGUUCAAGGAGGACCCUGGUAUGGUCAGAGUCAGUGCUGUUGUGGAAUGGGAUAUCAUUGCCUUCAAUGGCAUCAUCCAUGCCAUCGAGAGCCCCCUCACUGUGCCCCCGGAACCGGUGGUGGCAGCUAUGUUGGCAAGGACCACCACUUCUGUGGCAGUUGGCACAUCCACUGCCCUGGUGGUAGGACUGGUUUUGGGAUUGGUGGCUCUCUAUUUCCACUUCAAAGUCAAGGGCCAAGGAUUCCAGUUCCACUAUUUCAAGGCUGAAGAUGACGAAGAUGACUUCUCACCCUGGCAAGAAGGACCCAGCCCACCUCUUAUCUCUGUCCCCAACCCCACUUUUGAUGGCCGUGACACCUUCUAUGACCCCUUUGAUGAGUCAUUACUUGAGAAGGAAUUCUCGGACACCCACAGAAUCCUUGAAGAGGACUAACCAGGGCCUGGGAGGAGUGGUGACCUACAUCAGGCUCUUCACCGUACUCAACUCUGCCCACCCCUACCCCGUCCCCAGUAGAUGUUUGUUUACAUGGGCCUGAGUGAGCCCAACAGAAGGAGGGCAUCACCCUUAUUUGCACAGCCUCUUCCUACAGAGGCCACGGCCAGAAGCAAGCCUGCAGGAGACAUGUGGCCCAUUGAGGCGACAGUUGGCCCAAGGCACCCAGAUUUUGCUCCCUAUCUCUCUCUCACACACGCCACCACCUCAUUAGAUGUUAAGGUCCAGCUCUGACCCAAACUUUCCUCAAGGGAUUUUUUUUUUUGCUGCAAAUUGCCCUGGAUGAGGAGAGCUGGGGUGGGGGGUGAGGGGCUCCUUACUCUCAGGUCCAUCCCUGGCUAGAGGCCCUGGACCCCAGUUAGCCAUGAGGAGCCUGAGGGAAGGCAAGCACUAAGCAACAACCACCGGAGCUCCCAAUCAGCUAUGCCUACCAGUCACUGGACGUUUAUUUGUCUUCUGUGAGGACUCCCGGCUACUCCCCACGCCCCACAGCCCCGCAGGCACCCCCUCCCUCCUGGCCCUAGGCCCAGAGCAGCUAGCUCCAGUAGAUGGAGGGAAGCAGGGGCCUCCAAACACUGGCACCAGCUCACCUCCCCCUGGACCUUUAGACUUGGGCCACAUUUUCUCUCCUGUAUUUGGGAAUGGCCAGAGAGCAAGGCUGGCCCCUGCAGAAAGUAUCCAUGUGCUUCCACCCCCUCCCAGGUAGGACAGAGAGGGGCACUGACCUGGCCCUUAGGCCCCCAAACCUCUCUCUGCCCCACAGGGGAGGGGCCAAUUGCACGACUCAGCUCACACUGGCUGCUGUACCUCAGGUGGGGGUGGGGAGCUUUUGAAAACUCCUGCCACUCAAAAAAUAAAGUUCUUGUGUCCAA